ACAAUGUACCACGUGACCUGCCAGACAGGUGGCAGCCACAACGGCCCGAGCGUUGGGGGAGGACGUCGCCGUCAUUGUUUAGCUCUCGAAAUAAACCCACUCCGGGGCCAACUUUCUAAAUUAGUAUCUGUCUUCGAACAUCGUGUCCGGCAGCGGCAGUCGGUGGCACUGGUGUCGCGAGUGCCAGUCGCGUGUGUAGGUUAGCCCGAUGUUAGGUUAGGUUAGCGGCAGAUAUUCCGAAAUGAACAUCCUGUUUCGGAAGAACUUCCAGUCGGAUGGCGCCAAGGGCCGGGUCCGCAGCGGUGGUGGUGCCAAACGGACCGGGGACUACUAUGGGUAUUCCGCCAUGGAGGAUCACCACGGCGGGUACCGCACCCACAUCUUCCUGAACCCUUCCAAUUUGCCGCAGGAGUACGAGGGUGACCUGCCGUCCAGCCUGUCCGCCAAGCGGCCUUCAGUCACCCUGAUGAGGUGGGCGACGGGCGGUACCAAGAGGAAGCCCUCGGGCGGCAAGACCGACUAUCCCCUCAACCAGAAUGACACCCCUAGCCGUCAGGUUAGCUUCAACAACGGCAGCGGAAGACCAGGGGUGUAUAACACGACUGGCCCCAUAGUGCUGCAGUCUGUGCCGAGGGCCGAGCCCAUCACCUUGGCAACUCUAGACCGUGACUGCUUCAUCAUCCCCGUGGCCAGCAUCGACCGCUUUCUACCAGCUGGAGUGCCGCUACCCCUGCCCAGUGCCAAGCCGAGCCAGCUGAGUGUUCUCGAGGUAGAUGACCCAAAGCUCUGUGUGUUGAUCCACCUGAUGACAGCUAUGGAGCCAAUUGAGCCUAUCCUUGAAUCUCCCCUCGUAAUGCCCUUGGUCAAGCAGAAGACAGCAGCGUGUGAUCUGCUCACAGAAGUGGGAUCUGCCAAGACUGCCAUGGAGGGCAUGCUGCUCUCCAACCUAGAGCGGAAUGCGGAGUUCCCUUUCAUCGCAUACUACCUCAUAAACAAGAACCAGACAGAUCCUCGCGAGUUCUUCUACAACUGUCGCGCCACCUCGCUGAAGAAGUUCGACCCGCAGUGUACGCGAUACACGACAGCGCACACGUUUGACCUGUUCAACGAGGUAGCGACCAUCGCCAGGCCGCCGCUGGAGACCGCCACCAAGCGGCCAAACUCUGACGCCACUGGGUACAUCAUCUCCGUCUACAAGGUGUUCGAGGGCGACGAUGGCGAGAAAUUUGAGAAGAACUGGCUCUACUGGACGGGGGCCAGGAUGAUCUACCGGUACCUGCCCAAGUCUGUGGGAUUGCGGAGGAUAACUCUGCACAAGUCUCAGUCCACGGGAGACAAGCUCUACCUGCUCAUGGUGGAAUGUUCAAACUUCCUGCAGGACCUGACGGCUGCUGCAGUUCUAAUACCGGCUCUAAGAGCACGUCUCUGUGGCUACACCGGUCUUUACCGCACCACAGCCGUCUUCUAAUGUGAUACAUUCAUUGUGUUCUUACUAUUAAACUAUUGUUUAAGAUACUAUAAAUAACAAUUUAAUUGUAAGUGAAAUGGUUUUGUUACCACCGGAGUCCUCAGUUUAUGUGCUUUGGAAGCUUCCAGUGAGAUUUAGUUGUUGUGCAUGGGACCAUGUUACAUGAAAAGAAAAGAAACUUCCCAAAAAUUUAUAUAAUUUUUCCUAGUUCAUGGUUGUAACUAUCAGUCCUUUCAACUAUAGGCAAACUUGAAGUCCUACAAUUAAAGUUGCGUAAAUAACACAAAUCAACAUUUUUGCGUAUUACGCUAUUUAAAGUGUAGAAAAAUCCGAAAUGUAAUGUAACAAAUAUUAAUAGAUAUUCAUAGGUAUGAAAAUCAUAAUCUGUUUCAUUGGAAUUCAAGUACUUUGUAAAGUAGGAAAUUUCUAUUUUUUUAAUUACUAAUCGCCAUUCAUCCAGAAAUGUGUCUAAUGCACACCAUUUGCUUUGUAACAAUUCACUGUAAAGUGUUUAAAGAAAACAUUUAAUUUCAUCUAAUCAGGAAAAUGAAAACAUUAUACACAAAAAAUGAAACUAUUUUUCAUUGACUAGCGGAUUAUUAAUACUUUCUGCAAGUUAUCAAAAAGCAUACAAGUAUGUUAACCGUGUUAUAAUAUAAGGAUCGGCUCUAGACAUUUUGACACCAUGGUACUUCAAGCUACCAAACCUACAUUUUUAUAUACAGAAGAGUGUCCACAAAGUCAUGUCACACUUUUAAUUCAUCAUAGCUAAUCUAUUAUUGAUUGUUGGUCUAUGAAACAUAUAUAAAUGUAAAAAACUGUUUGUAAAGUUUUGUUUUAAUUAACUAAGUUACCCACUGUUCUCAUCUGUGGCUAAUGUUUUUAUGAAAACAGCCAUAAUGGAAACUUUUUCAAGAAAAGUUGAUAAUAUUUUAUGGCUAGCUAAAUUUUAUACUGUGAUUUUAAUGCAGCAUUAGUAUCUUCGAGUGUUUCGUGAAAAUCCAUCUAACAGACGCAGCAUUUAAUUAUGGGAUAAGACGUUUACGGAAACAGACAGGUUAUUGGACAAAACGAGGACAAAUGGGCUAUUAACAAGAGAUCAAACCGCUUUGUGGCAACAUUGGCAACGAUGGAAUGAUUGUGAAGGAAACAGAAUUUUUCGGACUUUUGCCAUCGUUCAGUGAAACAAAAAAAUCAGUAACACUACUUUUCUUGUUUUUUGUUUUACUGAACGAUGGCAAAUGUCCGAAAAAAUCCUGUUUCCUUCACAAUCAUUCCAUUGUCAAAAAUAAACUGCAAACCUAAGUAUAUAGUUCACAAGAAAGAAAAGACAAUCUAAUGGUUAAAAACCUCAACUAUUGCACGCUUUGACAAAUUAAAGAGUUGACUUUGCUGUAUAAAAAUGGACUGGCUAAACAUUUUAUAAACCGAAUUGUUUUUAUGUUGAGGCUACCUUUCACUUGUCUGGAAAUGUAAAUCGUCAUAAAGUUGGUAUGAACACUUAAAGCAACGAAUCAGAGUUGCGAUUGAAUCAUUUAGCCCAAAAUUCCUGAUAAAAAGGUGGGAGGAGAUCAAAGUUUGCUUGGACAUUUACAGGAUAAUUUAUGGUGCUCAUGUUGAGCUUAGAAAAACUAUUUAAAGUACUCUCUAAUCCUAUGUUAAUAUCAUUCAAAGUUGUUUAACAAGGUGACAAGACUUUGUGGACACACUGUAUAUUCACGUUCCUAUUUAUCAUUAUGAAUUAUAAGGUUCAAUAGGCAUGUUCCCAAAUAUUUAGGAGUCUGCUGUUAAGGCAGCAUUUUUGGUCCAGUAAUAACAAUGCUAAACAAACAACACCUUUAUUUAGUUACACCAUCCAAAAAUUAUCAAACUACAUAUCAAUAUUACGUAUGACUGAGCUGGACCUGAACAUGAAUUUAUAGCAUUAGGUAUAAUAAAAUAAUCCAGUACUUUGUCGAUGGUGAGAAAUUACCAAAACACAUAAAGAGAAACCCCAAUAAGUGCUCAAACUAUUUCCGAUAUCCGAUGAGCAAGACCUUAGUUCCACUUUCGUCCCUCCGUACUCACAAUCAUCCUAUGAACGUUGACCAGGCAUUGGACUAGUGAAAGGCAAGUGUAAAUUGUUCUGUAUAAGUUGUACCUGACCAAUGAAGAGCUCAAUUGUCGUACUUCUAAGAACGCGUCGUGUCCACGUCAUGGCACCUCACUCUAAGCACCACCAGAGAUAAUAAUCACAAGUUUUCAUAGUUUAAAUCAACUUUCAAUCGAUUUAGACACUUAAUUCCCCUUAGUUCACUGUAGUUAUUCGCAUUUUGUAGUUAAGACUUUAAAAUAUUUAUUAGCUUCUACUUGCAUUCAAUAGCCUUUCUAUGAACAAUCUUCCAGUUCAAACUCUAGAGCGAAAAUUUCAUCGGUAAUAAAAAUUAUAUAGGAAUAGACAGUAUUAGAAUAGGUUAACAAAUUUCCCAGUAAAAUAUAGAAUUUUCCCCAUACGAAUAAUUAGUCAGCGAUAAAAAUAGACAAUUUUGGAAUUACGUGGAUAUUUUUAUAAAGUUGUAAUUUUUAUUAAAUAACCCCCAAGAACUCCAACUGUUUUUAAAACGCAAGAACUCACACGUAGAAGUUACCUCCAGACCUAAAACAUUGUAGGAUUACUUUAUUGAUUGAAUAAUUAAUUUGCUAUGAAUAGCUAUAAAUGUUAUUUCAAAUCUUUAAUGAAAGCAGUCAUACAUGUUUGGCUAACUGAUACAUUGAUGAAAAUUAAAAAAAAAUGUUCUAACCUAACAAGUGCUCGAUAAUUAUAACAAUAUUAAAGUAGUAAAAAUAUACUUUGAGUGUAUGGAGUCUAGCUUUGAAACUCUACGCUCUAACUUUUGAAUAAGUUUAGACAGAAAUGUUGGAAUCAAAGAGUAUGUGAUACACUGUGUUUAAAAUUGCACGUCAUGUGGAUGGUGUGAACAGUUUUCCUCUAACUACAUGAUUUGGAUGUAAAUAAAAAUAAAAAGUAGCGACUUAUCAAAGAUGGCUUUAACUAAAUUAAUUUCAAUUAUUGGAUUAAUUGAUUACAUAAUUGAGUAAUAAGUACAUCUCUUCAUGGUUUUCCUGAUUUAUUAUAAUUAUUUAAGAAAUUAAACUGAAAUAUUUUUUUAAUUACAUUUAAAAGUGCACCUUAAUAUUUUAAAUCCAGACCAACAUUUAAACUUAAAUGAGUUGGGAUUAAAGUCAUUCUUGACACUCUGCAGUUUUUUAAUAAUAUUAUUUAUUAAAACCUUUAAAAAAGAGAAAUUUCCAAGCAGGAUAUUUUCAUUUUUAAAUUUUGAUUUUUUUCUCUACGCCCUAUUCUUUUAUACCAUUAAUGAGUUUUGUAGCCUGAGGCUUUGAAAUAUUACCUUUUUUCCAGUCAUGUUGAGGAAAACAAAAAAUCACAGUAUUCUACAAUACAAAUUAUUUAUUGUAAAAUAAAGUUUUGUGAUACUACAAAAUAAAAAGAAUUGUGCUAAAGAACGUUCAGAAAUAUUUUAAGUAGUUUAUAAUGCUUGAAAAAAUAUUGUUUUUAUACAAAGCAAAAUAUCAUUGUUGUGAGGUAACUUCUAUGAUAUGAGUUCUAUUAAGUUAAUAGUAUUCCUUUAAACAAAAACCUAUUUGCCUGAAAAUAUAUUACAGUUACAUUUAAAAUUGAGUUUCAAAAUUUUACGUUGCUAAAUUUUAUAGCAGUACACAGAAAUGAUUAGGUACUUAUAAACAUAUUAAACUCUAAAUUAUUCAACUUUGGGAUUUAAUAUUAUGUUAAUUAUUAAGUUUCUUUGAUAGAAAGGUAUAACUGUGUGAAAACCUUUCUUCGUCAAACAAUAUUUGUUUUACAUUUGAAUAAUAUUGUACAGGGUGUUCACAAACUAUCCAGUAAUAUUUUGGAAAUUUGUUCUUCGGGUCAAGGCAACCAAAAAACAUAACAUAAAUAUGAGCCAUAAACGCUUAGUUUUCUGUUUGUUUGUUUUUUUAGGUAUUUAUUUUUUUAUUUCAAAAACCAGUUAAGAUAAAAAACAUUUCUAAGUUUACACUAUUAUUGCUUUUGCCGUCUCAAAUCAAUUGAAAAAUUAAUGUUAUUUUGUAAUUUCACGUAAGAUGGCAGUCAGUUAAAUUUUUAAUAAUUAGUAACUAAAAAUGUUAUAAAAAUUUAAUUGCAUACAUUUUGACACUGAAAAUAUAAAAUUCGGUCAAGAAAUAAUUUGGAUGUAAGCUUUGAACUAUUGCAAAAACGCACAGCAAACUGUUGUUUACCCAUUUACGGCACCGUUUAUAUUUCAUUUUUAUUUUUGUUUUGAGACAAAGGAAAAAUCCUCAAAAUAUCACUGGAAAGUUCAUAAACACCCAGUAUAUUACAAAAUAUUGUGUUUUAUAAUACGAAUAUGAGUUAAAUUGUUUAGAAUGAAUCAAAGGUGUACUAACCCAUAAUAUCGUUCCCAAGAUAUAAGAUAUUAUUACUUUUUCGUACACUGAUUUCCUUUUAUAAUGUCCCAGAACAUUAAUACUUUGCGUUUAGGAAACUAAUCAUCCACAAAACAACCUCAGUCAUAAAGACUAUAUUCUAACUAGAAAUGGCUUCCGUAGAUGAAUUGUAGGUAAAUAAAUACUUCGAUUAAAUUAAAUUUCACUACUAUUCUAUGCAAGUUGAAAGUUAUCUACAAUGGCUUUAUAUUAACGCUAGAAUUCUAUAACUUAUUUCUAAUAUUAAACUAUUUUUAAAUUAGUUGUUUAAGAUGACAAAUAUUUUUUGUAUAUAUUAUAAGCGUUGUUAUUGAAUUUUAUAUUCUAAAAAGUUUCUGCCUGUGAUUUAAUUUCAUGUCAUAACAUUAAUGUAUUUAUUUCACCAGCAUUAUUAAGGUCAAAUUUUGUGUUACGUAAAACUUCAACAUCUUUCAAUUGGUUACGUGAAAUAUGUUAUGUACGUAUUGUUUACGUUUGAAAUACGUGAUUGUUGGCGACAUAUCAACUGUUAGGUCUAAGCUCAUCUCACAAGUUGGCUGCCGCUACUCGUCAACUCUAUGCUAUCACGACUUGUGCUUCAAGCGUAUUUUAAACUUUAUAAGCAUAAAUGACAUUUUAUAGCAGUUUUAUUAAAAUAUUUAAGAACGUUGA